CCUUAAUCGAGCUGACUAAGAUCAAUAAAAAAGCAAACAAAAAAAGCAAAACAAACAGCGGCUUAAACAAGAAUUCUAGCUUUUGUGUUUUCAGUGUGUGUGCGUUCGUUGUGUUGUGUGUGGGCAAGUUGUUACAUAAAAACAAAAAGGAAAAUAAUAAAAAAAAAACACAACCGAGACACAUUUUUCCACGGUGGAAUACUACUAUCUAAGUUUUUUUUAUUGUUGUUUUGGUGUGUGCAAGAAAACAAGAGUGAAGAAAAUGUUGUUCAACAAAUGCCUGGAAAAGUUGUCCAGCUCGCUGGGCAAUGUGGUCAAUCACAAGCUGCAAGAGAAACAAGUCUACAAUAAUAAUAAUAAUAAUAACAACAACAACAAUAAUAAUAGUAUAAACAACAAUGCGUACAAUAAGCAGCGCAACUUUGAGUACGAAAGAGCCAUACAAGCGCACUACGGAAGUGGUAAGGGAAGACGAUCGGAGGAGCGGGAAAGGAGCGGCAAGUUCAAGGCCGCCAAGAGUCAGAAGUCAAAGAGCACCCCACCGGAGACACCAGAGGCCCAGGCAAAGGAAACGGCGUGCAAGAACUGCAUGACCCACGACGAGCUGGCCCAGAUCAUCAAGGGUGUGGCCAGGUGCACUGACCAAAGUAAUCAGCACAACAACCGCCUGAACAAUCGUAGACGUCGUCCCCUGUCCGCCCAACCCUCUGCCGCCGCAUCUGCCUCCACGUCCACCGAAUCCCUCCACCGGCUCACUCCCAGCCCCCAGGCCUCCUACCCGGCCACGCCCACCUCCUGGACAGCCACCCCGCCCCAAUUCCCGACAGCCUUCGGCGGAGCCAGCUGCUCCACCAGCACCCUCGCCCUUUUGGCCAACAUGCGGUUCCAGCUUCACGGUUACACAUGGUUUCAUGGCAAUCUUUCUGGCAAGGAAGCGGAAAAAUUGAUCCUGGAUCGUGGCAAGAAUGGUUCUUUUCUUGUCCGUGAAUCUCAGAGCAAACCUGGCGAUUUUGUCCUAUCCGUGCGGACGGACGACAAAGUAACGCAUGUCAUGAUUCGAUGGCAGGACAAGAAGUACGACGUCGGCGGCGGCGAAUCGUUUGCCACCCUGUCGGAACUUAUUGAGCACUACAAGCGUAAUCCCAUGGUGGAGACGUGUGGAACAGUGGUGCACCUGCGGCAACCCUUCAACGCCACGCGAAUCACGGCAGCCGGAAUCAAUGCCCGGGUGGAACAGCUGGUCAAGGUGAGUGAUGAUGAAGUGCCCCCAACUUUUCCCAACACUUAUCCCACCCGAUUUCAGGGAGGCUUCUGGGAGGAGUUCGAGUCACUGCAGCAGGACAGUCGGGACACCUUCUCGCGCAACGAGGGCUACAAGCAGGAGAACCGGCUGAAGAACCGCUACCGCAACAUAUUGCCAUACGACCACACGCGCGUUAAGCUGCUGGACGUGGAGCACAGCGUGGCCGGGGCGGAGUACAUCAAUGCCAACUACAUACGCCUGCCCACCGACGGCGACCUGUACAACAUGAGCAGCUCGUCUGAGAGCCUGAACAGCUCGGUGCCCUCGUGCCCCGCCUGCACGGCGGCCCAGACCCAGCGUAACUGCUCCAGUUGCCAAGUGCUGAACAAGACGUGCGUGCAGUGCGCGGUGAAGAGCGCAACGCUGCCGUACAGCAACUGUGCCACCUGCAGUCGCAAAUCGGACUCGCUGAGCAAGCACAAGCGCAGCGAGUCUUCGGCCUCGUCCUCGCCCUCCUCCGGCUAUGGGUCGUCGGGAGCCAGCGGAGUGAGCAGCGUCAACGGACCGGGCACACCCACCAAUCUCACAGGCGGCGGCACGACCAGCUGUCUGGCCGGUCUGCUCAAAAAGCACUCUAACGAUUCGUCGUACGGUUCGGGAUCGGUAGCUGGAGCUGGUGGAGCCGGCUCAUCGUCCAUGUCGAUGGCUGAGCGGGAGCGUGAGAGGGAGCGCGAAAUGUUCAAGACAUAUAUCGCCACCCAGGGCUGCCUGCUCACCCCGCAGGUGAACACGGUGACGGACUUUUGGAACAUGGUCUGGCAGGAGAACACACGGGUAAUCGUGAUGACCACCAAGGAGUACGAGCGCGGCAAGGAGAAGUGCGCCCGCUACUGGCCGGACGAGGGCAAGACGGAGCAGUUCGGCCAGGCUCGGAUACAGUGUGUCUCGGAGAACUCGACCAGCGACUACACGUUGCGCGAGUUUCUCGUCUCGUGGCGGGAUCAGCCAGCACGCCGCAUCUUCCACUACCACUUCCAGGUGUGGCCGGAUCACGGCGUGCCCGCCGAUCCGGGCUGUGUGCUCAACUUCCUGCAGGACGUCAACACGCGCCAGAGUCACCUGGCCCAAGCGGGCGAGAAGCCGGGUCCCAUUUGCGUGCACUGCUCGGCGGGCAUCGGACGCACUGGCACUUUCAUAGUGAUCGACAUGAUCCUUGACCAGAUCGUGCGCAAUGGAUUGGAUACCGAAAUCGACAUCCAGCGCACCAUACAGAUGGUCCGAUCGCAACGUUCCGGCCUCGUGCAAACGGAGGCGCAGUACAAGUUCGUCUACUAUGCGGUGCAGCACUACAUCCAGACGCUGAUCGCCCGGAAGCGGGCCGAGGAGCAGAGCCUGCAGGUUGGCCGCGAGUACACCAAUAUAAAGUACACGGGCGAGAUUGGCAACGAUUCACAAAGAUCUCCAUUACCACCAGCAAUUUCUAGCAUAAGUUUAGUACCAAGUAAGACGCCAUUGACGACGCCUUCGGCGGAUUCGGGGAUUGGGAUUGGGAUGGGCUUAGGCAUGGGCAUGGCCAUGGCCAUGGGCGUGGGCAACAAGCAUGCUUCGAAGCAGCAGCCGCCUUUGCCUUCGGUGGUCAGUUGCAACAACAAUAACAAUGGCAGCGGCAGCGGCAAUAGCAGUAGCAGCUGCAACAAUGGCAGCAGUCACGGCAGCAGCCACAGCAGCAGCAACGGCUGCAGCAGCAACACCAGCAGCAGCAACGGAAACAGCAACAUCAACGCCCUCCUGGGUGGCAUCGGCUUGGGACUGGGUGGCGGCAAUAUGCGCAAGUCGAACUUUUACAGCGACUCGCUGAAGCAGCAGCAACAGCAACAGCAGCAACUGCAGCAGCGCGAGGAGCAGGCAAUUGCUCCGGCGGGAGCAGGUAAGAUGCAGCUGCCGGCGCCGCCGAUGCGGCCACGUCCUGGCAUACUCAAGUUGCUCACCAGUCCCGUCAUCUUUCAGCAAAAUACAAAAACAUUCCCAAAGACAUGAUCAUCGGCAUGCGACCGCCGAGCCAUGCGCCUGCGCCUGCGCUGCCGCCGCCGCCGACACCGCCGCGCAAAACAUGACAAAUGAAUUUCUAAGUCGCGACGACACGCCACGCCCCCUUGACCAGCCACACCCUCCUAAGCACCCAAUACCCUAAACACCCACCAACCCCCCACACGCACACAGACCACAAGUGAAUUUCACUUAAUUAUGUCACCCAGCCGACCUCCCCGCCCCCUCCCCACCCCCCAAAAAAAAAACCCAAAACCACCCUUGACUAUGUUUUACUGUUGUACGUUCUACGUUUUUUUUUAUAUUAAUUGUAAUCCAUAUACAUUUUUGUAAUUGUGUGUAAUGCUUAGUUGUAUACGUCAUUGUCUCGCUUUAUGUUGUAAGUGUUUCCUGCACACACAAAGCAGUAACCUCCUCCCCCCUUCCCCUACACCCCAGGCAUAUUUAUGUAAUAGUUUUUUAAGAACCCCCGAACCGGAAGUUUAAGAUACAAUCUGGGCGGAACUGCAGCAGAUCCGCCAAAAAAACACAAACAUUUUUAAGAAGAAUCGCAGCAACAAAAUGCUUGGGACCCGUUCCCAGUUCAGUACCGCUUUGGAUUUGCAAGAAUCGGAAUUCUUGGAUAGUAUUUCACUUCUUCGAAUACUUUUUGCGUUAGAUAUGAAAUUGAACUUAGGCCAAAAAUUUAAAUGUAUUGCUCUGGUUGCAAGCCAGAAUAGUUAAAUUUUAAAAAUUUAGUUUUUCACAAUUUUGGUGAGCAUAAUGUAAAAGUUUUCAAUUUAAAUUCAAUCUGGUAACUAUUCAUAUUAUUUCAAUUUCCAAAAACUAUUUACAUUUUCCGUUUCAAGUUUACAAAUAGAAAUCCCGAAAAGUUGUAAUUUCAAAAAAUGUAGGUCCAACUCAGAAAAAUUCAAUUUGAAAUGGAAACGGGUAACCGGUUGGAGUGUGGAAGAUGAAAAAGCAAAUGCAAAUCAAGUUUUUAGUGUUGUAAGUGUUGACAAAAUCGGAGGAGGAGAAGUUAGAGGAGUAACUAAGGCAGUAAGCACGUAACGAUAAUGAUACAAAAAGCGUUGAUUGUGAUUCGAAUGACAGCGAGAACAGUAACAGUAACAGUAACCGUAACCGUAACAGAAACAGAUGAGAACAGAGGCGAACGAGAUCAGAAUAGGGCGGCAGAGACGCCAACCGAACAGAACAGAACAGAUGAGAAGAGAACAGAUUAGAGGUAAACAAAAAAAAGCUAAGAAGCGCUUAAGCGUGUCGUCCCUAGGAUAAGAAAACUAAGAUUACAGCUUGACAGAUCCAGAUCUAUAUCUAUAUCUCUAGCAGCCAAUAUCUAUUUCCCCUUUCCCCUUGUUUCCCUCCCCAUGCCCAAUAAUUUAGUGAUUGUAUGUGUAUGUUAUUGAUCGUAUAUUGAUGAUUAAUUAUAUAACGUUACCCAUUGUGUUACAUUUUAAAUGAUCGAAAAAAUUGUAUUUUUAAAUUUAUAACUUUAGAAAUUAUACAUUUAUUGUGUGUCUGUGUCUCUCUUUCCCUUUCCCUUUCUCUCUCUCACUCUCUCUUUCUGUGUAUGUGCGAGUGUGCCCUUUGACUAAGUUUAUAAUUUCAAACGCUAAAGCAGAAUCAAACUCUAUAUGCAAUAUUUAAGCACGGUACCUUGGGCGCUGCAAAAAAAAACAAAUUAUACAAAAAAAAACCAUUUUCUAAAUCAAAAAUAUACAGGAAGGAAUUACUCAAUAUCAGCAGCAGGAAAAUAAAAACCAUUUAGAUUAAUCUGCAAAUCUAAGUAAUAUAUAGUUAUUAUUACUAUACCUUUAUUUUAUCUUAAUUUACUUUAUGCUUUUGUGCUUUAAAUUGUUAUUCAUCUUGAUCUUGCAAAAACAAAAAAAAAACAA